AUUUGUCUUAAGUCGCCAUCGCCUUGCCCUCAUUUUUGCCCAAGCGAAGGAAACGCAGCGGAUAAGGGGUUCGAACCACAGUGGGCAGUGGGCACCUUAUCGAUUCACCGUCGCCAUUGGCCCGCUUCCUUCCUCCCCACACAUGGCGGCAAACCUCAGCAGCGGCCAUUUUCUUCUCGAAUCGCCCCUCCAAACCAGAAAAACCGGAGUUCGGAGACCCACCAUGGUGGCGAAACCGUGCCGAUGCGAGGCGGUGCGUACCGAAGGCGGUCUGGCGACGGUCAAGAACGGUGACGACUCGCUGGUGAUAUGCAGGGUGCUUAACGGAAUGUGGCAGACAAGCGGAGGGUGGGGGAGGAUCGACAGGGAUGGAGCAGUCGACGCCAUGCUCCGGUAUGCUGAUGCAGGGCUCACCACCUUCGAUAUGGCCGACCAUUAUGGACCUGCAGAGGAUCUGUACGGUAUGUUCAUUAACAGGGUUCGGCGGGAGAGGCCAGCAGAGUUGCUCAAUGAGGUGAAGGGCCUGACCAAGUGGGUACCUCCUCCUGUUAAAAUGACUAGCAGCUACGUUCGAGAUAGCAUCAAUGUUUCUAGAAAGAGAAUGGAUGUCGCCUGUCUCGACAUGCUCCAGUUUCACUGGUGGGAUUACUCAAAUUCUGGAUAUCUUGACGCAUUGAGGCAUCUAACAGAUCUGAAAGAAGAAGGAAAAAUUAAGACUGUAGCGUUGACAAACUUUGAUACAGAAAGGUUGCAUAUAAUCCUUGAAAAUGGUAUCCCGAUUGUUAGCAACCAGGUACAACAUUCUGUUGUUGAUUUGCGUCCUCAACAGAGAAUGGCCGAGCUUUGUCAGCUUACGGGAGUUAAAUUGAUAACAUAUGGGACUGUUAUGGGGGGCCUUUUGUCUGAAAAGUUUCUCGACGCCAACAUAUCAAUUCCUUUUGCAGCUCCACCAUUAAACACUCCUUCCCUCCAGAAAUAUAAAAGGAUGGUAGAUGCAUGGGGAGGGUGGAGCCUUUUCCAGGUUUUGCUUCAGACGUUGAAGAAAGUGGCCUCGAAACAUGGGGUUUCAAUUCCAACAGUUGCUGUUAGAUACAUAUUAGACCAGCCCUCAGUUGCAGGAUCCAUGAUCGGUGUAAGGCUCGGUCUGUCUCAGCAUAUAGAAGAUUCCCUCGCCAUAUUUUCUCUGGAGCUAGAUGAAGAGGAUAAAAGCAGUAUAGAUUCAGUGUCAAAACAAGGAAGGGAUCUACUCCAAAUUAUUGGCGACUGCGGUGAUGAGUAUAGACGUGCAUAGGUGCCAAAAAAGUACUUCGAUCAGAAGAUUGGUCUUCUGUGUCGUUGUUGCUACUCUCUUGGUCAUCUGUACUGUGGCUGCUAAACUAAUCCGCCUCCAAUCGUUUGUGCUUAUUGGCCCCGUCCACCUGAAUAUGAAGAAAAGAUCAGACAUAUUCCUGCAUCCACAUGCCUGACAAGACUUUGAAGUCAGAGUGUUUGUGAUGGGUCAUUGCCCAAAAUUUGUUUCUGUCGGCAAUUAGGCGUUUCUUGAGCAACUUCA